CAGCGGAGUUUGAUGAGGUAAUGUCUCGGACACGUUAUAAUGUUAAAUCCAGUAGCAGCAGCAGUAGCUUUAGGCCACACUAGUUUUGUUUAUAAACUUCAUAUCCAGCACAGUCUCGCUAGCGGAGUGGACUUGCUAGCCGGGCUUCCUCGCACAAGUUGUGGAGAAGAAGUGAGGACGGAGGAGCAACUCUUCAGGAAGGGACUGCUGUGCCGUGCUGGACAGGAGAGCGGGGCGGCCCCCAUCAGAAAGUCUCUGGAUGACUGAGGGUCUACUUGAAUGGGGCGGUGUGUUUUGAUCCUGUCUGUCAUUCUGCAGUCUGCGGUCCGACCGGCCCUGGGGGGACACGGCGGAGGGACUCCUGGCUGCCCUGCUGCGCGCUGAACGCAAAGCAGCACACUUUGUCUGCGUCUGAGGAAACUUGGAGAGAUUAUGGUUGGGAAAGGCCUGCAGCUCAGUCCCCGCUGCUCCAACAACAAAGGAAACGGCUGCUGCCUCUUUUACUUCAGUGCUGCGGCCGCCGUGUGUGGAAACACACGUUAAGAGUGUGUGGAGAGAAUUAGAUUGAGCCAAUGACUUCAGAGAAAGUUGUCAAAUGAGCUCUGAUUUCACGGCCGCUCCAGAGUAGCGCCGCUCGCGCACGCCUGCGCAGUUACGCACACACGCACGCGCUCCUUUUGUUGUGAAGUUUUCUCUCAGCUGAAAAGUCAUUUAACUCCCAGAGUGUCUCUAACAGCAGUGCUGCGGGGUCAGAGUGGAUGUGUGAGGAUGGUGGAGAGCAGGAGUUGUGUCCAGAGGGAGGGGGUGUACCGCUGGUUCUCCUCCCUCACCUCAGCCCAGAGAGCAGAGUUCCUGUGCGGCCUACUGGACCUCUGCGUCCCGAUCGAGCUCCGCUUCAUUGGCUCCUGUCUUGAGGACUUGGCCCGCAAGGACUACCACUCCCUCCGGGAUGCUGAGAUCAAAGCCAACAACCCCACCGACCUGUCUGGACUCACCAACAUCACGGACGAGGUGGUGCGCAGCAAGCUGCUGGUGUCCCUCGCCCUGCUUGGUUCGGACAACCGAGAGGCUGCAGGGGUCUUGUACCGGACCUUGACUCAUAUAGACACGGUGAUCAAUAACUACGGCCUGGCGCUGAACGACGGGAGGACUGAGGAGCAGUUUCUGUUGCUGUUCACCAUGGCCUCUAACCACCCGGCCUUCAGCUUCCACCAGAAGCAGGUGCUGAGGCAGCAGCUGGGCAAGAUCCUGGACAUCCUGCAGGUGAGCAGAGGAGGAGCAGGUGGAGAGGGUCAAGGAGCAGGGCCCGGCGGGGAUCGAGCUGCCGUCUGUUACGCUCAGCCACAUCACCGUUGUCACCAUCAGACCGUGUCGCUGCCUCUGUCCCCCGCUGCCUGCUCCCUGCCUGAUGCCAGCGCUGCAUACCUGCCUCUGUCUUCCUGCCAACUCUGCCACACACGCUGCACCUGCUGGCACAAGAGCCAGACCAGAGAGGCAGGUACGGUUUCAGGGCUGAACUCAGGGGUCACCACGGGACGAGGAGACCAAGCGGUCAGCCAGGACCUCACCCCUCCUCACCUCGACCCCCCUCUUCCUCCUCCUCCACCUCCUCCUCCUCUGCCUCCUCCUCCUCCUCCGCCUCUUCCUCCACCUUCUCAUCUUCCUCCUCCUGUACCUGCUGGGCAUAGCCAUGAUGCAGCAGCACCAAGCAAGAGCCACCAGGGGAAAUCGGGUAAAGCGGUGAUUGAGAGGGUGGUGUUGAGAGGAGUGACACAGAAGUCUGAAGACAACAGUGAAUAUGUGUUUGAGGUCAGCUGGUCGGAUGGUUUCAUGUCGUCCGUUGUCCGAACUCAGCAGGAGGUGACAGAGCUGCUGUCCCAGCUCUCACAGGCAUUUCCUGAUGAAGGCGUGGAGAAGUUCUUCCCUAAGUCCAUAGACCUGGACCCCAGGUGUCUGACAGCGCUGCCCUGCCACGUCCUCCAGCACCACAGCGUCCAGCUGUUCUUCACCUCCACCAGGCCUCUGUCACCCAACUGUCCUUCCUCUCUCCUGCCGCUCCCCUCCUCCCCUCCCACGGCUCCCGUAGCCCCGUCAUGCCCCUUCACCCCCAGCUCUAGUCUGGGCUGUAUGUUGCAGUACAGAGGAGCCAACAGGGUGGUGUACAGAGUGGCCAGCGUCCAGCCCGUCGUCAGCACCCACGGCUCGGUCUUGACUCGCUCCUCUUCUCACCCCUCCUCCCUCCCUCCACCUCCUCUCCCUCCCUCCAUCUCUCAUCCCCAGCAUUCCCCUCAGCUGUCUUCCCUCCCUCCCCCCACACCCGGCCAGCAGGGCUGCGCGGCGGGUGGAGGCGACGCCCCGUCCCAACCGCAUCCCCAACAUCAACCCCCUCAGCUCCAGUCGCACUCGUACCCUCAGCACUCCCAGCACCACCUUCAGCAACAAACCGGCGGUCAGCCAAGCACGCAGCCUCAGUCCCAUCAUCCAGCUCAUUCCCAGUCGCUCUCAUAUUCCCGCUCCCAAUCCCACACACAGCCACCAUCCCAGUCCCAGGUUAACACUGCUGAACAGAAUGGCAUCCUGGAUUGGCUGCGCAGGCUUCGGCUCCAUAAGUAUUACCCCGUCUUCAAACAGCUGACCAUGGAGGAGUUUUUAGCGCUGACAGAGGAAGACCUGAACAAGUACGACUUGACCCAAGGAGCAAAGAAGAAACUCAAGACUCAACUGGAGCUGCAGAAGUCAGCAGACAGGGAGAUGAAGAUGGAGAAGCGGUCAUGCAGCGGUAUUGCCAGGGUGACUCCUUCCAGUCACAUGGGGCCCUCAGCACACCCCACCUCCACCGCAGGAGAGCUGCGAGUGGAGGUGGAUGCUGUGCUGCACCAUCACCCCGUCUCCACAGACAGCAGCUCAUCCUCAGGCUACUCCAGCUCUUCCUGCUCCCCCCGAACACCCCUCUGCUGUGAUGCUACCUUUGACAGGACCAGAGACCUUCACCGCCGUGUGUCUGGUCCUGACGCAUCAGGAGGGGGUCCGGAGAAGGACCGCUCAUGUGUUUUCAUCCUCAACUCCAGCUGCCCCGCGGGCUCCAGUCGCCCCACAGCCCAGGUCCUUCCCGUCCAAACCGACCCGGCUCCUCCUCUCCCUCCCUCCUGCUCCUCCCACCUCCCCUUCAGCCUCCCGCAGUCUCCCUACCACCCUCAGGCCAGCUACCCCCAGACCCUGCUCUCCUCCACCUCAAACCCAGCGCGCAUCCUCACCUCCCCGCGAAAACCGAGACCCCCUCCUCUGUGCACGGACGACAGGACUAAGUCUCUGGGUUUCGGUGCGGGACUGGGCGUGGGGAUGGGGGUGAGGCUGGAGACCCUGUUCCCCGGCCUGAACGUGGACGGCUCCUCUGUGCUCCAGGACUCGGUGGUGUGUCGCGGCCUCACCGGAGCUGCCGUGGGUCUGAUGGUGGAAACCAGCUCCGCUUUGACCUCCACCUCCAACAGCGUCCACCACGUCUCCCACCCUCCUCUCCAUUUCCACCUCUCAUCCUCUUCCUCCACCUCUCCAUCCGGAUACUACUCCUGCCCGCCUACCUCCUCUCCCACCUCCUCCUUCUCCUCUUCAUCCUCCUGUCCCUCCACGAAGUCCGCCUCAAGCUCCACAAGCGGGGUUGGCUUUGUUCCCAUGGCAACCACAUCCACUGUCCCUGUGGCCGCGGUGCCCGGCAACACCUACUACCCACCCCAGCCCACCUCCAGCCCCUCCCCUUCCCCUUCCUCUGCUUCUUCAUCGGAUCAAAAUUCAGGUCACACCCCCUCCGUGUGUGUUUGCAGCUCCUGCGGUUGCCGGGGGAACUGCGGGGCGUACGGGGCAUUGCCAGGAUACGCCGCUGCGGCCGGCUACCUGCAGCCUUUCCCCACUGGCCCCUCCCUCUUCACCCUGGGUCCCCUGCUCCACCUCAGCCCCCUGAUAGCUUCAUCCAGCAAUGCAGGCGCAGGGGCCACACCCUUCUCCUACCCCAUGAUGGUGCCACCGCCCUACCGUCACAGCCCCGUGUCACAUGACCAGCAUCAAGGCUUUGGCUUCUACCAGCCCCACGGCAUCUUGGGAAACGGAGGGCAGAAACGUGCAGCUGGGAACCUGUCCUGUUAUAACUGUGGAGCCAACGGGCACAGAGCAGAGGACUGUAAGCAGCCGCCCAUGGACUCAUCACAGCAAGGAACAUUUCGACUGAAGUACACUCCUCACUCUGACAGUAAGGACUCAGGGGACUAACCAGGACACACAGCGGUGGAUUUGAAUCGUCACUUUCUCGACACGACUGUACCUCAUGUUCCUCCUGGAGCCGACAGGCAGCCUCCACACACACUUUAGAAGGGAUGUGCAGACAGUCUGCUUCACUGCGGGUCCGUUUAAGGACAGCGGAUCCACUUUAUCCUUUCAUUUCUUUUACAACAGUCAACACAGCAGAGAGCCAUCGGGAGCAGCUGCCUGAGAGCAGUGAAAAACAAGGAGGAGUUCUUUUACACUACUUCUGUAUACUUCACUCAGAGAUGAAAAGAGAGCACACGAGGAAGAUAUGGAACGGCUGUCGCAGUCUGUGUCAUCAGAUUAGCUUUCAACCCCCCUCUUCCUCCUCCUCCUCCUCCUCCUCGGAUCUCCUCACAUACAAACACAAAGUCACAAGGGGAACUGGAGAUUUUAAACUCUCAGAGAGCUCCUCCAUGAAGAAACAGUAUACAGUGCAGUAAAACCACAUUUAUAGUCUCCUGGAUGGUUCACAAACCAAAGCAACACAAGUCCAGCAUCCUAAUAACUUCCUGGACACUCAGUGGAGUGCAUUUUUUAAACGUUCUCUAAACCUUAAAAGCCAGUUUGAUCUUAUCACAGCAUCCUCCCUUUCACUGAAUCCACCUCACACCACCCGGCUGUAAAGCACAGGUGAUUAAAAGAAGCAUUUCUACGUCUGGGUCAUGUUGACAGUAGAGCAGUUACAAAAAGCCGUGUC